AUGUAUCCGCGAUUUCUAGACCGCAACUAUCCGCUGGCGAAGCAUCUGUUCUUUGUGACCAGAUACUCCUUUAGCCUUUUGGGUCUGCGUUUCGGCCAGAAGCAGUCGUGGUUUCAUCUCUCAUGGCUGGUUUUCAACUUCGUGAAUCUGGCGCACUGCUGCCAGGCGGAGUUCGUCUUCGGCUGGAGUCACUUGCGCACCAGUCCCGUGGACGCCAUGGAUGCCUUUUGUCCCCUGGCCUGCAGUCUCACCACGCUUUUUAAGCUGGGUUGGAUGUGGUGGCGCCGGCAGGAAGUCUCUGAUCUCAUGGAUCGCAUCCGGUUGCUUAUCAAACAGCAGGAGAUGAGGAGAGAUUCGCGCAGGGACUCGGCUCAGAGGAGCUACUAUCUAAUGGUCACCAGGUGUGGCAUGCUGGUCUUCACUCUGGGCAGCAUCACCACCGGCGCCUUCGUCCUGCGAUCCCUUUGGGAAAUGUGGGCGCGGCGACGCGAGGAGUUCAAAUACGAUAUGCCCUUUCGCAUGCUGUUCCCCGAGUUUGCCCACCGAAUGCCCUGGUUUCCCAUCUUUUACCUCUACUCCACGUGGAGUGGUCAGGUCACUGUGUAUGCCUUUGCCGGAACAGAUGGUUUCUUCUUUGGCUUCACCCUUUAUAUGGCUUUUUUGCUUAAGGCUUUGAGAUAUGACGUUCAGAAUGCCCUCAAGCCAGUUGAAGAUCCCUCAGUCAGAGAAUCAAAUAUCUGCUGUCAGCGUUUGGCGGAUAUCGUGGAUCGUCAUAAUGAAAUCGAGAAGAUUGUCCAGGUAUUCUCCGGAAUCAUGGCUGCUCCCACUUUCGUGCACUUUGUGUCAGCCAGCCUGGUAAUAGCCACCAGCUUAAUUGAUAUACUAUUGUAUACCGGCUACAAUAUCAUACGCUAUGUGGUUUAUACGUUCACUGUUUCGUCGGCAAUAUUUCUUUAUUGCUAUGGUGGCACUGAAAUGUCCACUGAGAGUCUUUCCUUGGGAGAAGCGGCCUACGGAAGCGCCUGGUAUAAAUGGGAUCGGGAGACGCGCCGGCGAGUUUUCCUCAUCAUCCUGCGAGCCCAACGACCCAUUACGGUGAGGGUGCCCUUUUUUGCACCUUCUUUACCAGUCUUCACAUCAGUCAUCAAGUUUACGGGAUCUAUUGUGGCUCUGGCUAAAACAAUAUUGUAA